AUGGCGAAGGAGGUGGCGACAACAUCGGAAGCGACCAUCCCUCGUCUCCUGCGGCACCACGCCGACAGCUACUCCGACUUCACCGCCCCCUCAGUGCCGACUUCCUUCAGGCUGGACGAGGGCUACUCCGAUGAGACGAGGAGUCAGCCAGACAAGGACCCUGGGAAUUCGCUCUCGAAUGAUGUGAUGAAUCUCCCGGACUGGCUUCUUGCUACCAGCGAGGCCGAGAGAGCUGAGCUUGCCUACAGUUUGUUGCGAUCCCUAAGCACGUCUACCGUCGCCGCCGUGGUGGACCGACUCUCGCCUCUACUGCACAUGGACCCCGUUCUCAAGCUUCCUCCUGAAAUCACCUCCGAGAUCUUUUCCUACCUCGACCCACAUACGCUUGUGACCGCAUCAUUGGCCUCUCGCGCCUGGCGAAAUCGGAUCUUUGACUGCCGCCUUUGGAGAGGCCUUUAUACCUACGAAGGCUGGCGCGUUGACGUCGACGCAGUCCGCAGGUUCGAGGAGGAAAACUCAGGUCCCUUGUCCCCACAGAGCCGUAAAUCCCGAUCGAGGUAUGCAGAUGCAGACCUGGAGGAGCCGAAGCAGAAAAAGCGCGUGCCACCUAGCGGGUUAGAGUCUCGGGCAAAUGGACUGCAAGCUUCCAUAGAGGCCGACACCGAGGGUGAUCAUCUUAUGAGUGACUCUUCGAAUGAACGGAACAGACCAGGUUCCGGGGGGCAGCAUCUCGUGGGCACCAGCAGCAGCCGCACAUCUCCUCCGGAGCCCACUUCUACCCAAACAACUGGACAGAUGUCCCUCACAAGUAUAAUCUCGCCCAAAUCCCCCCUUUUAAUCCGGUUACCCAGCGGUGCCGUAAAACUGAACUGGGUUCACCUCUACGCGCAGCGAAGACGGUUGGAGGAGCGAUGGACCAAGGGUUGUUACAGCACCUUCCAACUUCCCCAUCCGUCGUAUAUGGAAGAAUGCCACCAGGAAUGCGUAUAUUCCAUUCAGUUCUGGGGCAAGUGGCUGGUCAGCGGAAGCCGAGAUAGAACUGUGCGGGUAUGGGAUUUGGAUACUAAAAGGUUAUGGUAUCGCCCGCUUGUAGGCCACACAAAGUCGGUACUGUGUCUGCAGUUCGAUCCCCGUCCAUCGGAAGACGUUAUCAUUUCCGGGAGUAGUGACAAGAGCGUCAUAGUCUGGCGGUUCUCAACGGGCGAGAAGAUCCACCAAAUCCCCAACGCCCACGAUGACUCCGUCCUGAAUCUCCGAUUUGAUGCACGGUACCUGGUCACCUGCUCCAAGGAUAAACUGAUCAAAGUAUGGAGUCGAUGCGAACUGACGCCUGCCGAUAAAGACUAUCCUAACAUCUGUAACGGCCCCGGAGUGACCUAUCCUUCGUACAUCAUCAACACAGCCAGCAUCCCUUCCCCGGUCUUAGAAGCGGAGAUUGCCAAGGACCAUGCCCAUACGCUCGCGCCAUACACCCUUCUGAUGUCGAUGGAAGGACAUGGGGCGGCCGUGAACGCUAUCCAGAUCAACGAGGACGAGAUCGUCUCUGCUUCGGGCGACCGACUCAUCAAGGUCUGGAACCUCCGCAACGGCGCAUGCAAAAAGACCCUGAUUGGCCACGAAAAGGGCAUCGCAUGCGUCCAGUUUGACAGUCGACGUAUCAUCAGCGGCAGCAAUGACAACACGGUCCGGAUUUUCGACCACGUUUCCGGUGCUGAGGUUGCUUGCUUAAGGGGACAUCGCAAUCUGGUCCGCACCGUUCAGGCGGGCUUCGGUGAUCCACCGGGAGCCGAAGAGGCGAUGAGGCUGGAAGCGUUGGCAGUCGACAACGAAUUCUUCGAUGCCCAGCGCUCCAGCGCCGCUGUUGGCCUCGGCCCGGGUGCCCUGCGACGCGCCGGUCACUACCAGAACACCACCGGAUCCCGGAAUCCCAAGGACGUCAAAGCUCUCGGGGCUCGAAUCCCGCCCGGGGGGGGAGGUAGCCGAUGGGCCCGCAUCGUCUCCGGCUCGUACGAUGAAUCGAUCGUCAUUUGGAAGAAAGACAGCCAGGGUAAAUGGGUGGUUGGUCUGGAGCUGAAACAGGCCGAAUGCGCAGAGGAAGCCUCAUCCCCAAACGCCAACCCGACCCCCCGUAUUCGUACUCCAAGACAUCUUCCUCAUCUUGUCCAGCCGGUGCCUCCUCAAGCCGGUCCUCAACUCCCCAUCAAUCCCGCCAGCACCGUCGUCCAUGAACAACCCCAUCCGACGAUGCUAAAUCAUCAUCUCCCUCCUCCCGUUGCCUACCCCCCUCGUCCCAUGCAACCCGUGUUACAACCGACGUCUAGAGUCUUCAAACUUCAAUUCGACUGUCGGAAGAUCAUCUGCGCCAGUCAGGAUCCUCGCAUCGUGGGAUGGGACUUUGUGGGUGAUGAUGUGGAACUGAACGAAGCGUGCCAGUUUUUCAGCAGUUUAUGA